GGGUGCUCGACAGCGAGCGCUCACGGCUCGGCCUCCCAUGCCGAGCGGCGAGAUCAACGAGGAGGCCUUCUGGAAGGGCGCGAGCCCGGAGGCGCGUGGCCGAUAUCGCAACCUCGUCGUCGCCGGCCAGGGAGCCUACUCGAUAGUCGCGCGGGCGGUCGAGGUGUCAUCGGGAGAGACGGUGGCGAUCAAGCGGAUCGCCGAGGUCUUCUACGACGCGCACGAGGCCAAGAAGGUGCUGCGAGAGAUUCGGCUUCUCCGCGACUUUCGGCACCCGAACAUCAUCGCGCUGCGGGAGCUGAUCCCGCCUUCCUCCCUCGAGACCUUCGAGGACAUGUUCGUCGUCACUGACUUCAUGGAGGCCGACCUGCGCAAAAAGAUCAAGUCGAAGCAGGAGAUUGCAGUGGAGAGUGUCCGCUCUUACAUGGCGCAGCUGCUGGCGGCGCUCGCACAUCUGCACGGCAUCAACGGCAUACACCGCGACCUCAAGCCGGCGAACAUCCUCAUCUCGCGGCAGAACGGCGCAGACGUGCUCAAGCUGUGCGACUUUGGCCUCGCGCGCACGGUGGACGACGACGCGACUUCGCGGAGGGAGCGGCUGGCCGGCUCAGAGGUGGAGCAUGAGGACGAAAGCAGCCCGGCAAGCAGCGAGUCGGGCGGCGCCGCGCCGCGGCCGCCGCCGCUCAAGCACCAGAUGACCACGUACGUGGUCACGCGCUGGUACCGCGCGCCGGAGAUCAUCCUGCAGGAGCCGUACUCUUCGGCGAUCGACAUCUGGUCGGCCGGCUGUAUCUACAAAGAGCUGCUCGAGCUAACGCCCGGCUCUCGCUUCCGGACCGGCGCCCUCUUCCCCGGUCGGUACUGCAUCCCCUUCUCGUUCGACGACGCCGACGAGCAGGUGCGGCACCGACAUGACCAGCUCGCCGUCAUCUGCCGCACUCUCGCGCCGCCGACCGUCUCCGAGUUCGGCUGGGCGAGCGCCACGUCGCGCGCCGAGGUGGAGCGAGUGUGCCGCGGCUGGUCAAGUCUAGAGGCGGAGGGGCGCGAGAGGCAGCGGCGGCAGUACCUGACCGAGGCGUGCCCGGUCGCUACCCCGUGCGAGGUGGACUUGCUCGCCUCUCUGCUCGAGCUGGACCCGACCAAACGCCCCGACGCGGCCGCGGCGCUCGAGCACGCCUACUUCGACGCGCUGCCCUCGCGCCCGCCCGUCACGCCGCCGAGCGACGAGACCGAGAUCGAGGCCGCCUUCACGUUUGAGCGCGAAAACCUCAACGUCAACGACCUGCGCAUCCUCAUCGCUAACGACCUCUUCCGCGCGCAGCACACGCCUCGCCCGUCUCGAGGCGGAGGGGGCGAGGUAUGACCGGGAAGCAUGAGCCUGCGCCCUGCGGGGCGGUCGCGCGUCGGAGGAUCGGGCGCGGCCGAGCAGCCAGAGGAAAAGCCUCUCUGUUGGAUGGACUGGGACAAGCAUGCCACCGCUCGUGCCGAUUGGCGGGCGUCGAGGGCGUCGCCGGCCUCUGGCAGAGCCAACUCUCAGAGCCUCUGGGGGUCGCGGCGGAUGAAGGGAGCCCCACGCGGCGCGGCGGAGGAAAGGUAUCAGAUAAGGUGAGGUAAGGUAAGGUAAAUUUCUCUUUUGAGUCCCUACGCCCUAUC